ACGAUGUGACGAGUUACUUAUUGAUGGCCUAUCCAGUGGUGCCAGGGAGGAGAUUAGUCGAUUGGUCUGAGCGCUCCUGCCAUGCGUGUGUAACCUUGAUGGUCGCAUGCUUCUUGUUGCAUUAAAUAAUUAUUUUUUUAAUCCUUCAAUCAUGCAGGUUGCAAUGGAGAUUACGGCCCGCCACUGCCGCCGGGAGAUGGAGGACUACGGGACUUGCGUGGCCUCUAACCCAUCGUCAUGGCAACAGCAGUGUCAUGACCUGAAGCUGAAGGUGGCGCAGUGCACCUCUUCGCACCCAGCGAUCCAGAAGAUCCGGUCGGAUUGUGCCGGGCAGUUUACUGAGUUUGAGCGAUGCCUGAGGGAACACCAGGCGGCGGUGGGCUCUUGCUCCACCCACGUCACCCGCUUCCUGGCCUGCGCAGAGACCGUGGACCUCACAGGCGUCGGGGGAGCUGUUCCGCAACCCACGUAGAGCUCGUGGGACCCCUCCCAUUCUGCUAAACCCUUCUGGACUUUACCUCACGGAUUUUAAGUGCAUUGCCGUAAUGUGCAGGAUUUCAGAUGACUCGGUACACCGGGACACAGAUUGAACAAUAACACAGGAAGAGCCCUCUCGUGUACAUAGUAUGCACAAACACACUGUGCAAUAGUGCAAUAGUGCACACGGAUACACAGUGUUUUUUUGUGUUGCUGCUGCUGUCAUUUACAUUGCUCAUGUUAUAUUUAGGUGUCAGUACAACGGGAAGAGUUCCUCCGCCCAACCCCGCCCCCCGUCUUUCCUGAAGUAUCAUGGGAAUUCUUUUCAUUAAAGUGGAGUUUACAAGGUUCUGCCUGCUUGACCUCCCUCUCUCUCUCUCUCUCUCUCUCUCUAUCUCUCUCUCUCGCUCUCUAUUCCUCCCCCCCGUUUUCUUAAGCUGAGGAGAAAUGUCUUCUCUCACCAGUGCAAUAUCCAUUCAGGAAACAUAAAAUGUGAUUGACAAAACUGUGCAUGUGUAUGUGAUCGAAUUAGUGCAACCUGACAAACUCCUUCAUCAAAAAUAAUAGAAAAACAUCAAACAAUUUUUCCCU